GAUUGUUCGACUAAUAUACUUAUUUCAUGAUUAUAAUAACUAAAAGCUAUUUUAUACUUAUACCAACGGUAGAUGGCAGUUCUUGCUUUGGCGUGAAGUAUUAGGGUAGGUACAGGUUUAUGUUUCCGAUUCAGGCCACAAGAUGGCAAACCCUCCAACGCGCAGGGCCCCGAUAGCUUCGCCCGCUACCCGCGGACGCCGUGGCCUCGCCCUCCUUCAGAUAACAUCUGGGCGCCGCCCGCCCGCAGUAGUUAGAGCGCGCGCGUCUCAACCCAACGUCCCACGGCUGGGCAGUGAGUGACCAAGUGUAGUGUUGUGAGUGACUUACGGAUUACAUUACUUUUUGUGAAGUGCAAUAAGCAUUAGCGGAUCACGAGCGUAUUAAGUUAAGCUGUAGUCCCCAGGCGCCCGCGCCUGAAGUAAAGGCUAAAGAUUGAGCAAGAUGGUGAAAUAAAUAUGGAGAUGGACGAUAAGGUGUCAGGGCCGGGGGGAGUGGCGCAGAAGAACUGGACGCACACGAACGCCAGCUCCCCGCUCCCCCUGGACAUGACCUUUAACCACGGGCACGUGGUGCAGAUCUGCGUGUACAGCGUGCUGAUGGUGGUGUCGGCCACGGGGAACCUCACCGUGCUGACGCAGCUGGUGAAGCGGCGGCGAGCGGGCCGCGCCAGCAGGCUCGACUUGCUGCUGAUGCAUUUGGCUAUCGCUGAUCUUAUGGUGACAUUCCUAAUGAUGCCGCUGGAGAUCGCGUGGGCGGGCACCGUGCAGUGGCUGGCGGGCGACCUCAUGUGUCGGCUCAUGAUGUUCACGCGCACCUUCGGUCUCUACCUGUCCAGCUUCGUACUCAUCUGCAUCGCUGUUGAUAGAUACUACGCCAUAUUAAAGCCACUGAACGUGACCUGGGAAGCCAACGCGCGGCGCGCGCUGCACAUGGCCUGGGUGUGCGCCGCGCUGGCUAGUCUACCGCAGAGCUUCAUAUUCCACGUAGAGGAGCAUCCUGAUGUCGAAGGAUAUUUCCAGUGCGUAUCGUACGGCUCGCUGCCGACUGAGUCCCACGUGUUCGGCUACUUCCUGCUGAACAUGCUGCUGAUGUACCUCCUGCCCCUCGUGUCCACGCUGUACUGCUCGCUGGCCGCGCUGCUCGAGAUCAUACGCCGAGCCAACACCAGCAAUGAUAAUAUGCGUCGCAGCGGCGUGGGUAUCCUCGGGCGAGCGCGGGCGCGGACGCUCAAGAUGACGGUCACCAUCGUCAUAGUGUUCUUCACCUGCUGGUCGCCGUAUUACUGCUACUGUCUGUGGUUUCUUUCCAGGUAUUGGGUGGACAAGGAAUUCGUGAAAGGGUUGGAUCCGGCGUUCCAGAAGGCCAUGUGGCUGUUCUCGUGUACCAACUCGUGCGCGAACCCCAUCGUGUACGGCAUCUUCAAUCGCAACCGGUGGUCGUGGCGGUCUGGGCCACACACACGGUGUCGCGGCAGCAGCGCGCGGCGCGGCUCGCGGCUUCCCUUCGGAGACUCCAUGGAGAUAUCUGCGUCGGCGCUCGCGCGCGCCCGGCACUCCCUGCACGGGCGCCGGGACUCCUACGUCACGCACAACGGACACAAACACCACAACAACAAUAACAAAUACGUCGACAAUGGCAUCGUUUAGAUCAUUCAUGUUCUGUCUGUGUAUGCUUAAGCCGGAAAGGGCAUAGCGUACGCGUCAAAGCUACGCUUGUGAGAUGUUUGGACUUUGUAUCUUGAUAAACCGACGCACUAGGAUAUUUACUUACGAAAAAAUCGAUUUGUGUCAUUGAACUAUUAUUACUACUUAUAGAACCAGUAUUUUGCGCUAUUAGUUGUUGUCGGCCGACAACAAACUAUGUAUGGUUUCUGUAUAGUAAUAAUCACUCAAUGAUUUAUGUUAUAUUUAUGGCGUGCGUCUCAGUAGGCAUCUGCCAUAAAAAGGAUACAACUAUUAACAUCGAAGAUUAACAGCGAUCAUGAAAAUUGAUAAUGCUAUAAUGCUGCUCUAAGCAUGUGGGUUGUGAUGAUACUGGAGAAUCAGAUGAACCGGAGGUUGUAUCGUCAUGUAGGUAUUUGAUUCUGUAGCUAGUCUACCAAAACAUUGGUAUCUAUAAUCGGUUGAAUACUGUCGCUAGUUUUGGUUUACACACCGAUUUAAAUGAGAACAUUCCAGCUUAUAUGUAGUCACAUUUCAGAGGUUCGGUGCGAUCUCCAUAUACACGAAAUAAGGAAAACUCUCAUGUACGUCUUUAAUGUACGUUGGGCCAUUAUUCAGAUUUGGCCUUUUAGUUCAAUUGCAUUCAAGUACAGUCCUUACCGAUACACUCUUCUGAAGUAAUGCUUUAAAAUUGCUUAGGUAUUCUAUAUUAUGUUCAGUGGUUCACCCACUCAAAGAAUAUUGUGUGAAUUAUACUGAGGGUUUUAGAGAUUGUCGAGCCUUCUCCUUUGAACGUAUACGUACCGUGGGCUCGCAUAACCCGACAAAUUUUAACCACGCCUGAGGUCAUAAGGAGCAAAACAUGGUAUAUGAGUUUUGGUCAUAUUUGGCAAAAAAAAUGUUUAUGUGUGUCUGUUUGUAUUUUCUGCACACGAUACGUUAUUUCCUUUUACAUCUUGGUGGAAAAAACAUUACAACGAAUAAGUAAUGCUUUUUUUUAUUUACAGAUUUAUUUUGCAAGUUUCCUUUAAAACUUUUUCACAAGAAUUGUCAUUAUCUCUAAAACAAGACCGAUUUCUGAAAACUUUUUUAUGACAGUUUAGUCUCUAAAUGCGGUCAAGAAUACACAUUUAAAAUCUGUCGGGUUAUUCGAGCCCACGGUGUAUAUAGUGGUGAUAGCUUGCUUUUCUGUCCCUGAGGCAAAACUAAUGCGAGAUUUAUCUCUUGAGCCCUGUCAAUAAAACAGGUGACAUGAGGUACAAAUUUGUAAAAAAUUCUCACAAUGUGCUCGUCACUGUCCCGGGACAUGCCAUCUUUAAACUUAACAUUGUCAAUAGAGGUGACAGCAAGGGUGUCAUCUAUUGGGCAUUAGCAUGUCAAGGACUAGAACCUCACUAGGAAUGAACCAAUAUAUAAGAAAUUUGCAUGACCUGUAGUUCCUGAAGAUAAUAAGUUAAAAUAAAAGUUAAACUUUCAUACCUUUCGGUUAGACUUGACUCAAGUCUUAAUUUAAGUCUAAAUUUGGGCUCGUUUUGAAGCGACUUUGCGCUUUAAAAACUUUCAAGUCUUUUAAGUCGCGAGUCGAGUUCAUUAUUGAGUUUUUUAAGUGGAACUCAAAAGGACUCUACUCCUCCUAUAAAGAUUUCAUCAAAAUUUUUAUAUGUUUUGCCUACGAGUAACAAAAAGGAAAGUAAUUUUUUUUAUAUAAUGAUUUGUGCAUAACCUCUUUAUUGUACAAAACACAAAACAUAAAUAUGGCACAGGAUAAGCAGUGCAAAGUAUUUAAUGUGGAGACAAUGGAUCUUAGAAAAUAUUUGUACAUAAUUUGAGAGUUCUCUUUAAAGGGCUCGAGUCUUUACAAAAGACUCAGCAGGUCUCGAUACGGACUCAAGUUUCGACUUAAUGACUAGAGUCUGAAAAACUGAGUCGAGUCUUACAGCAGAGGACUCAAAGGAGUUGAGUCCUAUGCUGUUGGUUGAUUCAGCAAGAAUCAUUUGUUAUAACUUUCAAUUGAUCUGUUAAGAAAUCUUGUAAUCAUACUUCUUUUUCUACGUCUAAAAGCGUUGUCAUUGCCCGAUCUGAUACCGCAUAUCGGAUGGAAGUAAAAUGUGUUCUAUAUUUAUCAAUUUAUUUAAGAAAUCAUUAUUAAAAAGGCGGGCUUCAUGCCACGAGCACUCUCUAAGGACUGUUCUCGCAGGUGAACGGUACGCUGAAGGGGGCGCGGCGCCCCGACAUUGUAGAUGUAGGAUCUUACUCUGGAUAUGGGAUGGACAAUGUGAACACGCUCCAAGAAAUAGAAUUUCACAGAACGAGAAUAAUUCUUACUGAAAAUUGUUCUUCUCUCGUUUGUUAAGCAAAGGGGUUGUUUGGUAAUGUGAACUUAUCAAUAUUGUUUUUAAAGAGCAGUUUGAUGAUUGAAUUGAAUGACUGAUGAAACGAGUGUAGUUCAGGUACAUUCCUUGUUGAAGCGUAUGUAAUGUUUGUACAGUAUAGAAAAACCCUUUUUUUUCUAAUUUAUAGAACUUUUUGAAUAAGAGUGUAAAUAACGUACGUUUAUAAAUUUAAGAAACUUCCAGUUUUUAUUAAUGUUUGAUGUUAAUAAGGAAUCACAAAAAGCUGAAUAGUUAUCUUAUGAUAUAUGACGGCAUUAUCCAUAAGUAGUUACUACUGUUUGUAAAUUUCUAUUUACUUACAAACCUUCACUUGAUGGUGUGACCUUCUUCCAAUAAAAUACCUAACUUAAAUCACAAAAGCCCAACAAAAACAGUGGCGACUUUUGGAGGGAGAACCUAUUUUAUAUAAAUAGCCAAUGAAGUUAAUGAAAGACUUUACGAGUCUUACAACUCACAGGCGUCUUUGUUUGAAGAAACGUCACUUUUGACAUUGGCAGAUAUCUGAAGGCACAAAUUUAAAAAUAGCGGUAAAUACCGGUUCAUUUGAGUUUUACUCCGAACUUUCAUAAGAACGUAAACGUUUUAAGAACUUUAUUGUAACCUAAACCGGUUUGGUUUUUUCGACGAGCGAAGAGUCGGUCGCACUGUGGGCUGGACUGACCGAAAAAAAAAUCUAUUCGAUGAAGAAUUGUGUAAAGAACAAUAAAUGUGGUAUACAAUUUUUCAAAAUAGGGCAUAUUGAAAGCAGAAAAGAUAAAGUAUUUUUUAUGGGACCCAAAAUAGGUAUCUUGUUACUCGGAAACAAUUAGCGAACCCGUUUUCUACUUUUCGGGAUUUUAUUUUCCUACUUUUAUAGAAUAUGAAAUGAUACGCAGCUUUUUUGAAAUUUUACAUAAUUUUUUUCUGCUUUUAAUAUGCCUUAUUUAGUAAAAAUGUAUACUAUAUUUAUUGUUCCUCACACAAUUUUCCAUUGAAUAGCAUUUUUAGAAAAAUGAUUUUCACAAAUUCAAUCCAAUCCACAGUGGGCCGGCCAGCCUGGUGGUGUGCCGCGUUUACAAAGAUACCGACACGACAUAGGAAGAAACCGGUCUUUAUUGUUAUAAUCAUGUUCUAAACCGGUUCAUCUGACAAGAACAUUAUGGAAAUGUUCUACUAACAAACCACUUUAAAAAUAUCGGUUUUACGAACGAAACCAAAAUUAAAAGUCUUUCGCUAAAUACAUGAUAACCGUUUGGAAAUUGAACCGGUUUCCGAGCCUUGUCUAGAUAUAAUUAGUGGCUUGUUAUUAAAAUCUGAAUAAGCUUGUCCCUUGAAAUACUUCAAAAAAUAUAAUUAUACAUAUUCAACCGAAAAUUAACUCAAAAUUUGAAUGCAAAUUCUUUGGAGUCGACCAAUUUGAAUCUAAGCCACAAUGACAAUAAUAAUGUGAGAUCCUUCAAGAGAUAGGUACAAAGUGGCUCAGAUAUCAAACUAUAUGGUACUACUUAGUUCUAUACGCAGAUAAUGCCUAAUAAAAACGACGCAACUUUACCUAAAAAUAAUGUUAAUAUUGAGAAACAGCAUCCAGCAUAAAUGUUAUAAAAUUUAACCUUUUUGCCGCCACGUCAAUGAAGUAAUAAAGUGUCAUCAACGCCACGUCAAAAAUUCCACGUAAACAAACCUGACCGACUUGAUAUGACCAUAACACGAAAAAUUGAUUGAUUGACUUGAUAUGAAGUCGUGGCGUGUGGGGCACAAAAUGUACUGACUUUAUAUGAAGUCAAUGGCGGCGAAAAGGUUAAGGAUUGUUUUUUUUAUAUAAAAUAUUCUAAAUGUGCAUUAUAAAGCUUAAUUAGAUAGGCGUAAUUUUAGUGAGGGCGGAAAGAAUACUCACAGGUCAUGGAUGGCUUCAAACAUUCCAAUUUAAGAUUAUUAAUUUAUAUUUUAAGCAGCUACAUUUAUAUCUUAGGUUUUUUUGUAUAUAUACGUAUUUUAGCGAUAUCUCAGUAAAAUCAAAAUAAAAUUUCUGUAUUCUAGAAUACUAUUUAAUAUUAUAUGGUUCUUUAAAAGAAUAAAGUUCGAAUCGGAUCAACGAAAAAAAAACAUUAAAUAAAUAAAUUAAAAUAUACCUAUUUGAGCAGUCAUCACAAAUACAUUUAAGUCCUAUAUUUAUUAAAAGACUGACUGACAGAAGUCAAGAAGUGAAAGUGUGUAGGAAGUGAAGAAGUGUAGGUCAGAUGUGAAAUCAUAAUUCUAAUUUUUACUAUUCCUCUGUGUACAGUCACCUGCAAUAAUGUUACACAAGGAAAGCCGUAAAAAAUAUGUGACGCGUUCUACAAAAUAAAUAAAAUAGUGCUACAAAUAAGAUCGUGUCAGAUAUUGUUGCGGCUUUCGUCGUGUACAAAAUUAUUGCUGGUGACUAUACGGUUGAGUUCACAAACAUCUUUACACGCCAAAAUUCCAGAAAUAUAUUUACACGACCUUAUUAUCAGAGGUGUGUAAAUAUAUUUAUGGUCGUUGGCUUGUAAAGAUGUUUGUGAAGUCCACUGUAACAACAACAAUAGUUAACUACUUCUCAACUGACUUAACUGAUUUCUAAUAAAUCUGUAUCUAAUUGUACCACAGCUACCCCAGCAAAUACCAAUACCAACCUGGCAAAAACCGACCCAUACAAAAAGCGCGCGGCCUGUUGCGUCAUUGUAUGGAAAAGAUCAUCAGCUUUUUGUUAUUUAAUUGUAAAAAAUACGUUUAAGUAUAUAUUUACUGGUCUUACUUGUAUUUUUAAACGCUAACAUCAUUACAAAAAUCUAACAAAAUAUGCGGAUUUUUGCAUUAGGUACUUUAGUGUUAUUAUUUAUAUUUAUGUUACAACGGGUCACUCACGUAUUUUUAGUCGAAAACGCUCGACAUGUUUCACUCCAUUCCGAGAAGUGUCGUCAGGAGCUUGCGUCGACGGACCGGCGCAGACUGCGGGCCGCAGCCCUCCGCGCCCGAUGACUCGGCGGUUAAACUUAUGGAAACGUAUAUAGUAAGUCGAAUCCGAAUCCAAUACGUGUUCCGUCACCGCAGAGCCCCCGGCCACCGGCGCCCGUGCCGAGUCAUCGGGCGCGGAGGGCUGCGGCCCGCAGUCUGCGCCGGUCCGUCAACGCAAGCUCCUGACGAUACUCCUCGGAACGGAGUGAAACGUGUCGAGAGUUUUCGACUAAAAAUACGUGAGUGACCCGUUGUAACUUAUUUAAUGUGUCUGUAUCUCACGGAAGUUAGUAUUAAAAUUUCUUUAGUGUUGUUGAACGUGUAUGAACAAACAUAAUAAAAUAUAUUUCAUGUAGGUAUCCCAUUGACCUUAUUAUAACAAGAUACGGUUUAUUAUUGAUCAGUUAAUUCACUGUCAGCACACAGGGAAUAUGUUAAUAUUAAAUAAGUAACUGUUAUUUUGCAUGUUUGAUUUAUUAUAUUUUUAUUAACGCGUACCUACGUUGGCUGUGACCUCUGAUAGUGACGACGGAAUCAUGAGUUUUGUACCAAAAUCCAUAAUUCUAAGUACCUAAUUACCAUAGGAUAAGUGAUCUUGUUAAAUAAAUAUUAUUAAGAAUUAAA